AUGGAGCAAGAUAGCAUUAUUUUACAUUAUCAUGAUGUUGUUAUUCGACAAUCUGAUCUAAAUACUUUGACACCGGGACAAUGGUUAAAUGAUACCAUGAUAGCAUUUCAUAUGGAGUUUUUAGAAAGAACAUUUGUACCCAAAGACGCAAAGUAUUUGUUUUUGAGACCUGGUAUGGUUCAUUUAUUGACAUUUGCAGAAUGCGACGUGAUGCAAUUAGAGCAUGUUUUGCCUGCUAAUAUCGAUUCUUAUGAAGUGAUAUUCAUUCCCGUCAAUGACGGGAAGCCUCAUGAAGCCUACAGUGGAACACAUUGGUCUCUUAUGGUCUAUAUCAGAGCUGUCAAUUCCUUUUUUUAUUAUGACACAUUAAAAUUCAAUAACCUAAGAGAUGGUGAAUUGACAAGCAGGCGAUUACAGCCCUUAUUAAAAACAGACCAAUCAUUUCAUUUUAUACCCAGUAGUACACCUCAACAAGACAAUGGCUCUGAUUGUGGAGUGUCUGUCAUUGCCAUCAUUGACUAUACUUUACAUCAACUACUCAAAAGUCGUGGAAAAGAGUCUGUUCAAUACAACAAGAUUAUGAUGCUGAAACCCAAAGAUAUGUCAACACCUAAACAAGUUCGAGAUAACAUCAAUGGCAUGAUCAAACGACUUCAACAGCGUUCUAUAUCCUCUUCCUCUUCAACCUCAUCAAACAAGUCAUAA